AUGACCUCACCUUCCACUUCACCACUGCUGGAUCGAAGCGACAAAGUCAAAAUGAAACAUAUGCCGUCGGUUUCUAGCCUCAUGUCGCCUCCUGAGUCGAAACCAUUCGAAAAUUUUAAUCCGUCAUUGUCAUCAUAUGAAGACUCGCAGGAUCCAUCAAUUAGCCAUGAUAUGAAACUUCCCCCAAUAUCAGCCGAUCGUAAGCGAACGCAAUCGGAAAUGGACCUGCCAUCGCCGCCUGUUACUCCAUACACCGGGAACAAGAAAAGGAAGACGAAUUUCUCCGAACUCGCUGAAAAUGAUAUCGCCGUUGGCCCUAUUAGAGAUCCUGUUCUUUUUCCUCGCCAGGAGACUUCAUGUGAUAUUGUUGCAGAUGAGCCUCUGUUCGCUCCCAUGCUCCCCCCGGCAGCAGAAGCGCUGGUUGACCAACACAUCAACAACCACAUGGCAAGGUUUGAGAACAAGCUAAACAAACCGACACGUGAUGAGUACCUGUUAGCUCUUUCAUGUGUACCCAUUGUCUCAGCGCAGUACAAUCGCAAUCCAGGAGCAUGGGCCAAAGAAGAACGUGCAACACUGGAGCGUCAGCUGAUUCUGAUGCACCGACCCCAACCCCAAUUAUCAGAGGCCAAAUUGAAGAAGAUUGCACCUGCCCCCGCGAAAAGGACACUUACAGGCCAGUCUCGUGUACAGCGAACUACUAGAGUCAAGCGCACACCAAAGCAAACACCGAAGCAGAAAAUACUGGAUCCAUUUGACUCACCGCCCUCGUCGUGUAACAAGACAUCCCGUGCUCUAGGUACAAAUCGUGAUGACACUGAUUAUGAUUCAAUAAAAGACUAUGCUCCUUCGCCUGAGACGCUAGGUGGCAAUGCCAAAGCGUUGAAGGCAGAUUGGAAAGGGCAGAUGCUUGAUCUCACUAAUGAUCCAGAUAGGCUCUUGUUGAGCCCUGCUGAGAUCAAUCUUGCCGCGACUCUGAGACUAUCCUGCGCCACAUAUCUCUGCAGCAAGCGACGUAUUUUCGAAGCCCGUGUCAGGGCCUUGAAUGUUGGAAAAGAGUUUCGCAAAACUGAUGCGCAGCAGGCCUGCAAGAUUGAUGUUAAUAAAGCAAGCAAGCUUUGGACCGCAUAUGAACGUGUUGGUUGGUUCAGACCUGAACAUUUCCAACAGUACCUGAAGUGA